AUUAACAUGUUCAGCUUUGCUAAAAAGGGUGGAGGUGAUAAGAAAAAUUAGGCAGCUCCUGUUCCAGAUGCUAAAUUAAAAUAUGAAAAGACUCUCCAUGAUCUGAGAUCCAGAAAAGAUUAAAUCUAAGACAAUAUUGAUAGAAUAGACUCCAAGGUGGCAACUUUGGAUCAAGAAAUUAGAUCUUUACUUAGUUAGGGAAAAAAACAAUAAGCCAGAAAUAAAGUUACAGGUACAUAAUUCACAUAAGUAUUUUAGAAAUGAAAUCUUUACAAAAAUAAAUUGAGCAAAUGUAAACCAAGUUCAAUGUUCUCACUCAAAUGACAAUCCAGAUUGAAACCUUAGAAUAAGAUUAAGGCAUAGCUGAAGCGGUUUUAAAUGCAGCUGAACUAGGAAAAAUGCAAUAAGAGACCAAUGAUAAGUUAUAAGAUGCUAUGAUGGAUUGGAAGUAUUUAUUAACUUUAUUUUCUAGUGAAUUUUAAACAUCAUAAUAAGAAACCACUGAAUUAUGGAAGUAAAUGUCAAACAUGGGAGUGGAUAAUGAAGAAAUCGACGCAGAAUUUGAUAAAUACAUGCAAGAAAAUGAUUAAUAGUAAGCAUUGAACUUGUAGAAAUAACUUAAUACUGUUCCUUCCAAUUAAAUUCCUGCAUAAUAAUAAAGUUAUUAACAAACAUAUUAAAAUAAUAUGGACAAAGAGUUAGCAGCAUUAUUAGAAUGAUUAUUAUCAACAUUUAAGUAAACACAAUAAUUU